AUGCCUCUUCUGCAGCUACUUUGCCUGCCCCAGCAGAAGUGGAAGCGACAGCAAUGGCGGCCCUUGAAGAGAAAAGGCUUUGCAGAGCCCAAUAAGCUUGGCCAACAGAACUAUCACACUUUGCUGGCAGAGUGCUUGAAGAACAGGUGUUUGUUUGAAGACAAGUUCUUCCCAGCAGAUGUUAGGUCCAUAGGCACAGGACCAUUACUCCAGAAACUGCCCCAAAAGAUACAGUGGAAGAGGCCACAUGAGCUGCACAAGGUUCCAGUCUUUUAUUCUACCAACAAAAAAAGGCUCUCUCUAUGUCAAGGACUGAUAGAGAACUGCUGGUUUUUGGCAGCUGUGGAAGCUUUAACAUUUCAUCAAGACAUUUUGUUUAAUGUGGUGCCGCAAAACCAGAGCUUUGAGAGGAAGAAAUAUGCCGGAAUAUUUCAUUUCAAGUUCUGGCAUUUUGGAGAAUGGGUUGAUGUAGUAGUAGAUGACCAACUACCAGUAAAUGAAGACGGUCAGCUUCUUUUCCUCUCUUCUGUUUACAAGAACUUAUUCUGGGGAGCUCUUCUGGAAAAGGCAUAUGCCAAGCUGUGUGGUUCUUAUGAAGAUCUACAGAUUGGGCAAGUGUCAGAAGCUUUGGUAGAUUUCACAGGGGGAGUUAAUAUGACAAUAAAGUUGGCUGAUGCACCCCCUGAUCUCUGGGAUAUCUUAACAAGAGCAACCUACAGCAGAUCUCUCAUGGGAUGUCAGACUCAUGCAGGGCCAACAAGGGUCCUGGCAAAUGGCUUAGUGGCUGGUCAUGCCUACACUGUGACUGGCAUUCGAAAGGUGACAUGCAAACAUGGACCUGAAAAUUUAGUGAGACUGAGAAAUCCCUGGGGAAAAGUUGAGUGGAAAGAGGAUUGGAGUGACAGCUCUGGAAAAUGGGAGCUACUCAGCCCCAAAGAGAAGAUUUUGCUACGAAGAAAUUCCGAUGAUGGAGAAUUCUGGAUGUCAGUGGAAGACCUGAAAACCCAUUUUGUGGAUCUGAUGAUCUGUAAAUUGACUCCUGAUCUCAUGAGUCAGGAAGAUGGAAAGAAGUGGAUGUGCUCCAUGCAGUUUGGCAAAUGGGUCACAGGAAGCACAGCAGGUGGCAGAUCGAAGAGCCGCCGAGGCUCUUUUUGGAUGAAUCCUCAAUACUUGUUGAAAGUUUUGCAAGGCAAUGGAAGCAAAAGGUCUUUAUACUCAUGCAGCGUGUUGGUGUCUCUUAUCCAAAAACACAGUGGCAAACAUCGGAAUCGAGUCCCUCAUUUUCACAUAGGCUUAUCGCUCUAUAAGGUAAAGAGAAUUUCCUGUGGCAAUAAUAAAAAGCUGCCUCCUGCUUUCUUCAUCUGGAAUGCACCUUUGAGUCAGUCGCUCUUUGUGAAUGAUCGGGAAGUGACUCAGGACUUCCACCUCCCCCCUGGGACUUAUGUGGUGGUUCCCUCUACCUUGGAACCUCAUCAGGAAUCAGAGUUCAUCUUGCGAAUCUUCUCCAGAAAGCACAGUCUGCGUGAAUUGGGUGGAGAUUCGAGCUGUGUCCUUUCAAAGGAAAUAGUUGAUAAACAUGAAGACUGGGAAGACUUCUUCUCUAAGUACUUUGAUCAAUAUCCUGAAAUAAAUGCAGUGCAGCUGCAAAGGAUUCUAAACCGCAUGGCAUGGACAAGUAUGUCGGAUCAUCAAAAUUUUGGGAUGAGAUUUAGCCUGGAUUCCUGCCGUGGUAUCUUGGCCCUCUUAGAUCUUAACAGUACUGGAACCUUGAGCAUUCAAGAAUUCAGAUUUCUCUGGAAGAAGCUGCUUCUUUACCAGGAAGUUUUCCAGAAAAAGGAUACCCACCAAUCAGGAAUCUUGGAUCAAUUAGAGUUGCGUGCAGCUAUGCAAGAAACAGGAAUCUCCCUCAGCAAUGAACUUUGUAAGCUGUUGACAAUCCGGUAUGGAAAUCCUGAUCUAAAAAUCACAUUUGAGAACUUUGCCUGCUUCAUGCUGCGUGUGGAACUCAUGAUGGAAGCCUUUUAUAAUAUGAGUAAAGAUGGCAAAGGUAUCUACCUUCUAGAGUCUGAGUGGAUGAUGAUGACGCUGUAUUCAUGAAACAGAGUAAAGGAGAACCACUGAAUCAAGCUACAUUGGCCAUCAUGAACACAGUUCUCAGCUCUUCGAGGUAGUUCAAAUCAGGAAACCAAGAUCAUGAAUACUAAUGGAGCUUUUAUUAUAAGGUUACAGUAAGAGAAUCUUGCAAGUCUGAAUGCGCCACUUCCUCUCCUGCCUUUACAUUCCAGAGAACUAGGGAGGGUCAAUUCUGAGACGCUUCCUCAGGUUACAUUCCUGUUUGUUACAUUACUCGGAUUUUGUUGAUCAGACCAUUGUCUAGGCUGCAACUCUUCUUCCUGUCUCUCAAGGUUAUUCUCACAGCCCAUUACAACAGUGAAGGCAACUGCUUAUUGAUGAUUUGUGUAUGGUGCUUGACAUUUUGAGUCAGGCUUGCCUUUCUUGUGAAAUUCAGAAGUGUUUCAUUAUGAGUCAUUCCACUCUUCUAUUAAGGGUUGCUUGUGGGUUCCCAAUACUUUGAGGAUAUUGGCUGACUUUGUUCAAGGUGACUUACUUCUAAAAGUAAAUCUGCGUUACAGAUCAACUCGUCGGGCAGCAGUCUAGACUGACUAUCAUGUUAAAGUCAUAAAUCAUUUAAAAACUUUUCUGCAACUCUGCAACUGGAUCACAGUGGCCACAGUUAUAUCUUCAUUGUAGCAAGGGGAUGUGCCAACACAAAGUGGCCUGAGUGGCCUCAUAGCAGUUUUUCUCAAGAGCCACUGUUUUCCAAUUUGUUUGAGGCUUAUGACUGGUUUCAGUGGCUGUUUUUUAUUUCCCCUUUCUUCCAAUGUUACUGUUUUUAUAGCAAGAUUGCAAAGCUGUAUCCUGCAGUUCAUCCCAUCAUCACAAAAAACAGGACCAAAAAAAGUGGAAAUACCAAAGCUUUAGGUAAUAAUUUCAGCAGUAAAUUGCUGGUUUCCCUCUUGGAAGAGGGGUUUUAGAUUAUAUGGAAUUUUUUUAAAAAGAUGUAUUAUUUUAUGGAUUCCUGCUUCUAAACUGAUUCCAUUUCAUUGCUGCUUUCCAUAAUUUAAGUACUAUUUUCAUUUUAAAAUUACUUUUAUUUAUAAUUUUAUUUAUAACUUUAUUAUAUUUAUUAUUUUGAUUGUAUUUAUACUUUUGUAUUUUGUAUUUGAUAUUUUUACUUUUGACAGAAAAACAAGAAAAAAUAAUAGUAAUAAUGAGAGACUUAACUGUGGUUAUUAAAAUGGUCUACAAAGAUUUGGAUCCCUGAAUCACUGUAAAAUCUUAGAGAAUAUCUUCCUCAGGCACUCUGUAAUGCCAUAUAUCUUCUUGUUUUCAGUCUUAGCUUUGACUGUUAAGGAAAACUGCCCCCAUUUUGAGGCUAGUUAAGUAGCUGGACUACUUAAGUGUUAUACAGUUGUUUUAUUUAUGGCUUUAAUUUUUAGUUCAUUUUUAGUUACUUAUCUAAUGUUUAUGAGACUCUGCGUGAUAUAUAA